AUGGCCUGCAACUAUGGGUGCAGUUUGGGCAAUCCCGUGUCCCACACGGGAUACGAUGCUGAGGUGCAAACAGACCUUGGCUUUUCCGGAAUCAAGUUCAUGGCCAAGAAGCUGCGCUGCAGCGCUUUGGUGUUCGACCGCAUACACGUGUUCGACUGGAACCAGCUGAGACGAGGGAAGACCAUCGAGCAAAUUUACCAGAAGAAGACACAGCUCGAGCACAUCCUGUUGCGACCAGACACCUAUGUCGGCUCCACGGAGCACCAGCUGCAGGAGAUGUGGGUCUUUGAUGAGGCGAAGGGGCAGAUGGUCUAUCGGAAGAUCGACUACGUCCCGGCCUUGUACAAGAUCUUCGACGAGAUCCUGGUGAACGCAGCAGACAACUCGAAGCGCGACUCCAAGAUGGAUCUCAUCGAAGUGAACAUCGACCGUCAGCUGAACUGCAUCUCCGUGCUGAAUAACGGCCAGGGCAUCCCUGUGCAGAUCCACAAGGAGCACAAGUGCUAUGUGCCCGAGUUGAUCUUCGGCCAUUUGCUCACCAGCGACAACUAUGAUGACAAUGAGAAGAAGGUGACGGGUGGACGCAACGGGUACGGAGCGAAGCUCACAAAUGUUUUCUCCAAGAAGUUCAUCAUUGAGACGGUGGACAAGAGCAGCAAGAAGAAGUUCACCCAGGUCUUCGAGCGGAACAUGAACCACAAGAACGCGCCGGUGGUCACAGACUGCACCAGCAAGGAGUACACCAAGGUGACCUUCUGGCCGGACUUCCCCCGCUUCGGCAUGACCGGCCUGGACAACGACAUCUGCAGCCUGCUCAUGAAGCGGGUCUACGACAUCGCAGCGUCCACGGCCAAGCACAUCAAGGUUGCUCUGAACGGCAAGCAGCUGCCGAUCAGGAGCUUCGAGGACUACUGUCGUUUCUUCCUGAAGACGGCUGGGGAUGAUAGCUCGCCCUGCAUCUAUGAGAAAUGCAGCGACCGCUGGGAGGUGGCAUUUAGCCUCUCCGAUGGAAACUUCAGCCAGGUGAGCUUUGUGAACUCCAUCAACACCAUCAAGGGCGGCACCCACGUGUCCCACGUGUCGGAUCAGGUGGUGGAGGCCAUCCUGAAGGUGGUCAAGGGCAAGAACCGCGGCGGCAUCGACAUCAAGCCAGCGCACGUGCGGAACCACCUCUGGGUCUUCAUCAACUGCCUGGUGGAGAAUCCGGCCUUCGACUCCCAGACCAAGGAGACCCUCACCACCAAGCAAGCCAAGUUCGGCUCGAGCUGCGAGCUUUCGGACAAGACCAUCAAGCAGGUCAUGAAAAGCGGCAUCGUGGAGACGAUCCUUGACUGGGUAAAGGCGAAGCAGAAGGUGGAUUUGUCCAAGCAGCUCCGCGCGAGCAAGACGCAGGGCCGCGUGAACGGCAUCCCCAAGCUGGACGACGCCAACGAUGCUGGCGGUCGCCACUCCCAGGAUUGCACCUUGAUCCUCACCGAGGGCGAUUCAGCCAAAUCCCUGGCCGUGGCCGGCGUCAGUGUAGUGGGCAGGGACAAGUACGGCGUCUUCCCGCUGAAGGGCAAGGUGCUCAACGUCCGGGAUGCCAACUUCAAGCAGGUCACCGGCAACGCCGAGAUCUCCAACCUCCUUCAAAUCAUGGGCCUAGAUCUGAAGCGGCAGUACGACUCCACUGCGGGCCUGCGAUACGGAUCCAUCAUGCUCAUGACAGAUCAAGAUCCGGAUGGCUCCCACAUCAAGGGGCUGCUCAUCAACUUGAUCCACUACUGGUGGCCUUCCUUAGCGCAGAUGAACGGCUUCCUCAAGGAGUUCAUCACACCCAUCGUCAAGGUGUGGAAGGAGGGCAAGAAGUCGGACGAUCGGCAGCAUGAGACGAGCUUCUUCACCCUCCAAGAGUACCAGGCUUGGAAGGAGCGCACGGACGGUGGCCGCGGCUGGAAAUCCAAGUACUACAAAGGUCUGGGCACGAGCACCGCCAAGGAGGCCAAGGAGUACUUCCGCGAGAUCGAGAAUCACGAGAUCAAGUUUCGCUGGAACAGCGACCAGGACGGGGAGGCCAUCGACUUGGCCUUCAACAAGAAGCGCGCCGACGACCGCAAGGCCGGGAGCGGGCCGUCUUGGUAUCAGAGUGGGCAGGUGGAAGACCGUUAG